AUGUCCCAAACAUUAUCUUGUCUGCUUCAGGUAGCGGUAGCGACUGAUGAAGCUCCAGUACCAAUUUAUGAUAGGAGAAAACCGGAUAAGCCGUUGCUCACUUGCGUGAAUGCUGACGAUAAAUGCCAUGGUAAUUUUACUUACACCACUCAUGUUUCAUUCGAUGAAAUGGGAACAGAGUGCCUUGUUAAUCAGGGAUGUGGCCCGAUAUAUUUGUUCAAAUUGAAAUCGGAUGAUCGGCCCACAGUUUUACAGAAAAUUAAACGAAUAAUCGAGAAUAAUGAUGAAGUCCCAGUAAAUGGCAAACAUACUCUCGCGUUUGCUGAUGCUCGAGAACAAGCAAAAGAGCUCUUCAGCUCCAAGAAAUUUCCUGAG